GGCAGCCCUGGCUUCUGCACACCAGGCCCAGCCCCUCCCCCAGACCCUCAGCGUUCUGGAGAGCACCCCCCAGGUCCGGGGCAUGCACACCAUCAUCAGAAACAAGGAAACAAGCCGCGACGAGUUCAUCUUCUACUCCAAGAGGUUGAUGCGCCUCCUGAUCGAGCGGGCGCUCUCCUUCCUCCCCUCCCAGGUCCACGCCGUGCAGACCCCCCAGGGGGAGGAUUAUGAAGGCAGGACUUUCCACGGGAAGAGGAUCACAGGCGUGUCCAUCCUGCGAGCCGGCGAGACCAUGGAGCCGGCUCUGAGGGCCGUGUGCAAAGACGUCCGCAUCGGCAAGAUCCUCAUCCAGACCAACCAGGACACGGGAGAGCCGGAGCUUCACUACCUGCGUCUCCCCAAAGACAUCGGCGAAGACCACGUGAUCCUGAUGGACUGCACCGUGUCCACGGGAGCCGCCGCCAUGAUGGCCGUGCGAGUGCUGCUGGACCAUGACGUUCAGGAGGACAAGAUCCUGCUGGUGUCCCUGCUGAUGGCGGAGAUGGGGGUGCACUCGGUGGCCUACGCGUUCCCACAGGUCAAAAUCAUCACCACAGCUGUGGACAAGAAGGUCAACGACCUGUUCCACAUCAUACCCGGCAUCGGAAACUUCGGGGAUCGAUACUUCGGGACCGACGCGCCGCCCGACUGGAGCGACGAGGAGAUGGACGAGCCCAGUUACUGAUGGAAGCGGCGCCAUCGGCCUCAGGGCUCCGCCCCCCUCGGAGGGGGACACCAGGACGCGCUGCGCUCCGAGAAACGAGGAGUCCGCCGGAAACAAAGACACCGCUAACGCAAAGUUCACUAUUUAAUCUCAAGGAAAGAACAGCCUGGAGAAAGUUUUAUGAAGUAUGAAAUGGUUUUAUAUGUACAGUAUGUUGUUAAGUCCAAUUUCACGUUAUCAUUUGAAUUGAGGCCAUCUGACAUUUGACCUCGUGUUGCUCGGAGAAGACGAAGCCGACACGAAUGAAUGUGAGUCUGAGCGCAGCAGAAGACGUCAAGCUUUAAAGUUUUUUUUGUUUUUUUCUUUUCUUUUUUUCACCACAUACACCUUCUUCACAAACUUCACUAAAGUAAAAAUCAGAACGUGAACUUGCGUUGCUCAACUUCCAUCGCCACGAGCGCUUUCUGAAGGGCCGCUCGAUCGGAAAACGUGUGGGUGUAUCCGUCUUUGUUUCGCUCUCUGGUUUAGCCUCUUCCUUUUGGUGGAUGCUGACCUAACCGGUUCAAACCGGUGCUGAAAACCGUCUCUUCAUUAUGCAGCUCAAAGUAUGCACUUACAUUCAUGCAGCCUGCGCUUCAUUUACAUGUAUUCUUCACUGUGGACGGACCAGACAACCAAACGGGUCCUCUGCAUUCACUCAUAACGUGCAGAACACGUUCAUUUGCCUCCUCCUUCAUGCAUCAGAUGGUGUUUAUUUUUGAACGUCUACGUGUCAGAAAGUGCCCUUCUGGUUCCUGGUAUUCAUAAACGGUAUCGCUACUGAAACGACUGAGAUCUGUCAAAGUUAUUUAUUAUCUACUUUUUUUUUAAUCGCAUGUUGCCAGUUUGGUCGCACUCGAGUUAUCUGAGCUGCUGCGAUGAAACAUCAGAGCUGUUGAAUAUUCCUUUAGAUAUUGUUAUGCAGUUUCAUAAAAUAAGUUAAAAAUAAAACGCAACACGCACACAGUGUGUGUGUGUAUACAUACCUACACAUGUAUAGAGUAAGUUAUUUUUUAUAUGUUGGACGGAGUGUAAAAUAUCGAACAUUUGGAGAACCAAAUCCAGUUGUGUUGAUGCUGUUUUGUGUUUAUCGCUGCUGCUGUAUAUUGAAAUAUAUAUAUAUAUAUAUAUAUAUAUUGUGAAAUAAAAGCGCAUUCAAGCUUUUAAAAGU